CUCGCAGCGACUCUUCUCACUCAACCUCACCCUACUCUCUCCCACCAUCCCCUUUCUCCUUCCCGCCUGAACAAAACACAGAAGACAGAGAGACCAAGCAAAAUGCGAUUCCUUCUUCCUUUCCUUAUAUUUCUUCUACAUCUCCACCACAACUGGGCCGCAAAACUGUCCCACUUGCCGGAAUAUCGGGCGUUGCUAUCUCUGAAAUCCGCCAUUGAAGACCCCCAGGCCACCCUCUCCUCAUGGAACAUAACCACCAGUCACUGCACGUGGUCGGGAGUCACGUGCGACGCACACAGUCACGUGACCUCUCUAGACAUUUCCGGUCUCAACCUCUCCGGCACUCUCUCCUCCGACGUCGGCUACCUCCGCUUUCUACUCAACCUAUCAGUCGCCGCCAACCAGAUCUCCGGCCCCAUCCCACCGUCGAUAUCCCUAAUACCCAACCUCCGUUACCUCAACCUCUCAAACAACAUAUUCAACGAGAGCUUUCCUCCACAACUCUCUCGCCUUAGAAACCUCCAAGUCAUCGACCUUUACAAUAACAACAUGACCGGUAACCUUCCCGUCGAGGUCUACCAAAUGACCAACCUCCGUCAUCUCCACCUCGGGGGAAACUUCUUUGUCGGACGCAUUCCACUGGAAUAUGGUGGUUUCCCCGUCUUGGAGUAUCUUGCUAUUUCCGGAAACGAGCUUGGUGGGUUCAUUCCUCCUGAAAUCGGAAAUAUCUCAACGCUUCAACAGCUUUACCUUGGCUACUAUAACAGCUAUUCCGGCGGAAUACCUCCAGAAAUCGGAAACUUAUCUCAGCUAAUUCGAUUUGAUGCUGCAAAUUGUGGACUUACCGGUGAGAUUCCACCGGAGAUUGGGAAGCUUCAAAACCUAGACACCCUUUUUCUACAAGUGAAUGCUCUGUCCGGGCCUUUAACUCCUGAGCUUGGUUACUUGAAGAGCUUGAAAUCUAUGGAUCUCUCAAACAACAUGUUGUCUGAUGAAAUACCGAGCUCAUUUGCAGAGUUAAAGAACUUGACGCUUUUGAAUCUAUUCCGGAACAAGCUUCACGGAUCGAUACCUGAUUUCAUCGGAGACUUGCCGGAGCUGGAGGUGUUGCAACUCUGGGAAAACAACUUUACAGGAAGUAUUCCACGAGGUUUGGGGACGAAUGGGAGACUUCAGAUUGUGGAUUUGAGUUCCAACAAGUUGACAGGAAAUCUUCCUCCCAAUUUGUGCUCUGGGAAUACGCUUGAAACUCUCAUCACUCUCGAAAACUUCUUGUUUGGUCCUAUUCCGGAAUCGCUUGGCAAAUGCGAGUCCUUGAGUCGGAUUCGAAUGGGUGAGAACUAUCUCAAUGGUUCGAUUCCGAAGGGCCUUUUGAGCUUGCCUCAGCUUACCCAAGUUGAGCUUCAAGACAAUCUUUUAUCUGGGAGAUUCCCAGAGACCGAUUCGUUAUCAGUCACUCUUGGUCAGAUUAGUCUUUCAAAUAAUCACCUCACAGGGGCAUUACCACCAAGUAUCGGAAACUUCUCCGGUGUCCAGAAACUUUUGCUAGACGGGAACACGUUUUCCGGCGGCAUUCCACCGGAAAUCGGGAGGCUCCAGCAACUAUCAAAGAUGGAUUUCAGUCACAACAAUUUUUCGGGCCUCAUUGCCCGGGAGAUUAGCCAGUGUAAGCUUCUGACAUUUGUUGAUCUCAGUCGGAACCAACUGUCCGGUGAAAUUCCAACUGAGAUCACAGGUAUGAGGAUAUUAAAUUACUUGAAUGUGUCACGGAAUCAUUUAGUUGGAAGCAUUCCAACAUCAAUAGCUACUAUGCAAAGCUUAACCUCUGUUGAUUUUUCGUACAACAAUCUAUCUGGAUUAGUUCCGGGCACUGGUCAAUUCAGUUACUUCAAUUAUACUUCGUUUCUUGGUAACCCGGAUCUUUGUGGCCCAUAUUUGGGGCCUUGCAAAGAGAGAAUUGCAAAUGCAACUCAACAAAACCAUGUUAAAGGGUUAUCAUCUGGUUUAAAGCUUUUACUUGUUAUUGGGUUGCUUGUUUGUUCGAUUGCAUUUGCAAUUGCAGCGAUUGUUAAGGCCCGGUCGUUAAAGAAAGCCAGUGAUGCUCGAGCGUGGAAGCUAACGGCUUUCCAGCGCUUAGACUUCACUUGUGAUGAUGUUUUGGAUAGCUUGAAGGAGGACAACAUUAUUGGGAAAGGAGGGGCUGGUAUUGUUUACAAGGGGUUGAUGCCAAAUGGAGAACAUGUUGCUGUGAAAAGAUUGCCGGCAAUGAGUCGUGGGUCUUCACAUGACCAUGGAUUCAAUGCAGAAAUACAGACUCUUGGGCGAAUUCGACACCGGCACAUUGUGAGGUUAUUGGGGUUUUGUUCAAAUCAUGAGACCAAUCUUUUGGUAUAUGAAUAUAUGCCAAAUGGGAGUUUGGGUGAAAUGCUUCAUGGCAAGAAAGGGGGUCAUUUGCACUGGGAUACACGGUAUAAUAUUGCUGUGGAGGCUGCAAAGGGGCUUUGUUAUCUUCAUCAUGACUGCUCACCUUUGAUUGUCCAUCGAGAUGUAAAAUCCAACAACAUCCUUCUGGACACGAACUUUGAAGCUCACGUAGCUGACUUUGGCCUUGCCAAGUUCUUGCAAGAUUCGGGAACAUCCGAGUGCAUGUCUGCUAUUGCUGGUUCUUACGGUUACAUCGCACCAGAAUAUGCCUACACACUCAAAGUUGAUGAGAAGAGCGAUGUUUAUAGCUUUGGUGUGGUUCUCUUAGAACUGGUAAGUGGCAGAAAACCUGUCGGCGAGUUCGGUGAUGGUGUUGAUAUUGUGCAGUGGGUGAGAAAGAUGACAGAUGGUAACAAGGAAGGAGUGCUAAAAAUCCUCGACCCAAGACUUUCAACAGUUCCUCUCCAUGGGGUGACACACGUUUUUUAUGUAGCAUUGCUCUGUGUCGAAGAACAGGCUGUGGAACGCCCAACAAUGCGCGAGGUUGUGCAAAUACUGACAGAGCUUCCCAAGCCACCCGCCUCAAAGCAGGGAGACUCAAAUGUCACAGACACCCCUCCACCACCAGCCUCUGCUUUAGAAUCUCCCACCAUAGCACCUAAGGAAACAAAAGAAAAUAAGCAGAUACCACCUCAAUCACCACCACCUGAUCUUCUUAGCAUUUGAGAUGUUCCACUCGAGUUAGGGGGGGGGGUGUUUGUUUUGAAUUUCCAUGAAUUGGGUUAGCUUUAUUAUUUUGUGGUCUUUUUUUAGUUCUUUCUUUGUGGGUUUCAUUGGGAGGGGCUUAGUCUAACUUUAAGGGGUUGUCAAUGUUUGAAGUUCUCUGUGUACAGUAGGUUUGGUGGGUUUUUCCCCCCCUUAUAUAAACUAUCUUCCUCAUGCUGGUGCCGUUUGAUGUUUUUUAUUGCACUACUGUUCUGGGACUGCAGAGGAAGUAGAAAGCUAUAGAUUCAGUGUUGACCUCAAUGGAGUUGGUGUUUUUUGUAUGCAGGUGAUGGGUUGGGGGUGUGUGGGUGUGCGUACAAAGUUGAUAGAGCACAGUGCAGUGCUUUCAAUUACCAAGACUGGAGGC